UUUGAAGUGUAUUUUAUUGGAAAGUGGAAAAAAUUAAAUUGUAUUUAUUAUUAGUUUUUGUUUAUAAUAUUAUUUGGUUUGAAAUGGUCAACAAAUCUAGUAUUCGAGGAUGCCCAACGGUUCCACCCAAAAAGGGUUCAAUGCAUAGGUUAGCAACUUCAAAUUAAUAACCGUAUGAGUUUUUGUAGUUUUGCUUUAAAAUAUUUUGUUUGUAUUUUUGGGUCUAUAGUGCAAGUGCGUUCACAUGCGCCCCUAAAGGCCACCACUGAAAGCAUGGAUUGGCCCGUAUUUUUAUCAGCGUAGGACGUAUAAAACCAUAGACCUUUUAACAACCUAUUUAUUAACAAGUCUAUAUAUAAAAACCACAGCCCGGUUCAGUUAAAAUAGAUUUUUCAUAACUAUAAUACGCCUUACAAAAAUCUGCGGGAGAUUAGUGCACCACGUAGGUAUUUUACAAAAAGUCAGUUGACCUCAAUUUUUGUUUAAUUAUUACAAUUGCGUCGUCCCUGUCAUUGUUUUUAUUAUGUAGGUAUAUUCAUACGCGUGCGUAAACCUUGCUUAAAAAUCUUAAGCACAAAAUGGGAGAAGGAGUUAAGUCACCAUAAUAUUGAUUAUAUUUACCUAGUAGUUACUCGAUUUAGGCUAGAUUUGAUGGAGUUUAACUGAGUUGUUGAAAGAUUAAACUCCCCAAAGCUCCUUCUCCUCUAUUUGCACCAAUUCACAAAGUCAAGGGGACGUUAAAGUUUAAUAGUUUAAAAAAUUCAUAUUAUCUAACUUAUUUGUCUAAAAUUAUUAUUUUGAUGGAAAAUUGCUCAAGGAUGCCUCUCUUGCCUUCCCCAUGUACAUGGGUACAUGCUUGUGUGUACAUUUAAUUGUAUUUACUUAUUUUUUUAAGUAAGUACCAUUAAAUAUAUUAUUGUUUAAUGUAAAUUUACAAGUUUCAUAUACAUAGGUACAUUAUUCUUUGCACUUCCCACCCGAUGAACAUUUCUGUGGGCACCCUUGGCCGCAACUUCAGUGUUUAGGAAUUUCUGUACAGUCUAAUAGGAAGUCACACUCUACACCAAUUCGAUUAAUACAUUUAUAAACAUUUUUAACUAACUGGUUUAGCUCAUAGUUAUCAUUUUCAUAUAAGUACUUAAAAUAGGGUUUAUUGAAGAAGUUGAGAUUUGGAGAUCUCUUAUUUUAACAAGUAAGAAUGCACAAUAGAAAAAUAUCUCAUUUCACUUAUCAUUAUUCAUAGAUUAUAUUAACUAUUAAAUUGUUUUUAUAUUUUCAAUUCUCAGCUAGAAAUACUUAUGAGAUUAACAAAGAAAUAUAACAACUUACAUUUAUCUAUUUAGAAGUUAAGAACAUUUUAAAAGUAUAGACUGGUUUAAUACAAAAAUAUAUUACAAUUUACAUAUUUAGACAAAACAACACAAAUUUCAUAUUUAAUUAGUAGAUAUUAUUAGAAUGGAUGAUUAUUAUUUAUUAACUAUUAUAUUUAAAAUAAUAAUAUUAAUGACCAUUUGCUUUUCCAAUAGCCGCUGUUCUACCGAUAAAACUAGAUACUGUCUCAGAAUUUAUCAUUUAGUUCUGUAGAUCUAUCGAAUUGUAUUUUUUAAUAAUCUUAUAAUGUUAAAAUCUAUAGAAUUGUCUUUAUAAUUAAAUGGAUUUGUAUUAAUUUCAUAGGGCUAUUAAUAAUUAUUUAUUUAUAGAAGUCCAUAAUAAAUUUUACUCCUGACAUGUAUUAUAUAGGCAAACAUAACACGUUUAAUUGUAUUCAGAAGCAGAUAUCUUCAAGGGGCAACUAUAGGUAACUUCAAAUUCUUUUUAGAUUUUGCAGUUCAUGAUUUUGACUUACAAAUAUUUUUUAUUCAAGAUUUUGAUGAACUCCUUAAAAUUAAAAAAAAAAAACUGAAGGAAUUUGUAAGAAUUUUGGUAUUUAAGUUUAAAUUGAAUGUCCUUUAAUCCUUAAUUUUUGUAUUUUUUAAUAAAAAAGGCCCUAAUAAUAUUCAAUAGGUUUUUUUUAAACAAUCUAUUCAUUUUGAAUGAUAAUAAGAAUAAAUAAGUUAAUUAAUUAUAUUUGAUUGUGUUUAAAAUUGGCCUUAAAAUAAUUUGGCAUGUACCUUUUACCGUUUUUAUAAUCGUCCUAUUAUAAUUGAAGUCUUUUUUUUAGUUUUCCAUAAAUAGUUUUUUUUGGUUCAUAUCCAUCUAUAGGCUAUAUUAUUUUGAUCUAAUUUUGUUUUGUUGGAUACCACUUUAAGUUCAUUAAAGAAUUAAAGAAAAAAAAUAUAGUGCCAUUAUAGAUAUAAAAAAGUGUUACCAAAGUUAUUAGGAUUGAAUAACCUUGAUACUACCGUUUACUGUUUGGUAGUUUCAUGCACUGAAUUAUAUACUGAAUAGUAUGAUACAGUUCAUUGGUUUCAUCUUUCAUGCACGAUUUAAGAUAGACUAUCUUAAAUCGUCGUUUCAUGUGAUACAAUUGUACAAUGUGACCAAAAUACGAAACUAUUAUAAGUUUUCCCACACUGAAUUAAACAGUACAUUUUGCGGUUUUUGACGUUCAAUGUUUUCGUGAUUUGGUUUAAAACGUUUGUUUUUAAAAACAUUAGUUUAUUUUUAUGAUUCUUUAGUCUAUGAAAAGUUUAUUAAUCAAUUUCAUUAGUAUUUUUAACUAUCAUGUAAUUCGUUAAUUUAGUUUUAGAAAUUUAUUUGUUAGAUUAAUUGUUUAUCUAAAUCUAGUGAUAUAAAUUUAAGAAACUGUUAGAAUUAAAUUGUUGUCAUAAUGUAUGUUUUUAAAGAAUAUUUAUUAACAUUUGUAUAGAUAUACUUUUAUUUAAAAUUAUAUGUAUUAUCUCCUUUAAUUAAUAAAUUAAUUACCAUAAUAUUGAUUAUGUUAUAAUUUUAACAUAACAUUUUCAUAUUUUCAGGGCUCAUGAAAGAAAGUUAACCCAAGACUGUAAAGAUUCUCUGUUGCAUGAAUUGCAAAAGUUUAUGUCAUCCAACUUAUUAGGUAAAUUGUUAUUAACUUACUAUUAACAAACUUUAAAACAGCUACAGAUGCUGUAAUCAAUUGGUAAUUAGUAUCAAAUACAUUUUGAUAAUACUGAUAAAAAUGUACUCCGCAAUUAUUAUAUAAAAUAAUUUUAAGUAUAGAGUUUACUCAAUAAUUAUACAAGAGAACUCAUUAAAAUUUUAUAAUAAAUAAAAUAAUAACAUACACAGAAUAUCUAUGGUUUUAUAUCAAUGAUUUUUUUAUUAUGUAUCAUAAUUUAUUGUAUUAUAUAGGUAGGUAGGUUAUGAAUAAAUAAAUAAAUAAAUUAUAAACUAUAAAUGUUAACUUUACCCAAGAUUUCAAUUUUCAUUAAGUCAUACAGAUUUCAUUCAUUAUUAUAAUAUAUUAUUCACAUACAAAAUAAUUUUAUAAUGUGGUUAUAUAAAGUAAAUUGUAGUAGGAUAUCACGAUUUACAAUUUAAGGGAACCAACUAUCUUAUAGUUAACACAUUUUUAUGAAAGAUUUCAUAAUACAAUAUAGAUCUAUUUAUGAGUAAUAUGACCACAUAUGUAGGUAAAAUACAAUUAGAUUAAUUCAUUUUUCAUGUUUAAAGGUAAACAUGAAGAAUUAAUUCUAUUAAGGUAUACAUUUUAUAUUAUACAAUGAAACCUCUGGACAAUAAUAUGGAAAAUCUGGAAAAUACUGGACACUGUCUGUUGCUAAAAUUGUGUGCCCUAUUCAGAGGUGCCCACUCUUUAGAGGGAGAAAUUGUAUUUUUAUUAAAUUAAAUAAAUAAAAUUAAGUAAUUAAAUAAAUUGAAUCUUAUUUUAUUUUUACGUUAAUUAAAUACAUCUUACAAGUUACAACAUUUCAUUUAUAUGAUAAUAUUUCAACAACUAGACAAAUAAUAAACAGUAUAAUAAUGUAAAUAUAUUGUAAUAAAAAAACUUAAUAGUGUAGACUUUUAUUUAGAUAUUUUACAAUUUUUCUUAAUUUACAGUAAAAAUGAUCAAUAUCAUACAAAAAGUGUCCAUCAUUUAGAUUGUCCUGUAUUUAGAAAUUUUCCUACAUAUAAAUAGUGAUAAUGUCUCCGUUCCAUAAAAAAAAACGUUGGCUAUUUGGAGGUGUCCAUUAAGGGAGGUUUCACUGUAUUACCUAUAUCAUUUAUAUAGGUACAUAUAUGGUUAAAAUAAUUUAUCUUCUUAUACAUUUUAGUAAUAUCAAUUAUAAUAAAAAAAAAAGACGUCCUAGAAUAAUUGGCGGCUGCAGCCACUAUUAUAGAUAAUUUUAUUAUCUAAAUUUAAAAUAUUAAAAUAGAAAAAUGACCUCUUUAAAGUACCUCGCUAGUUUUUUUUAGAAGCAUUGCUAUCAUUAAAGUUGGGGCAAAAUUUCUGGUAGAAUAUUUGUCCACAGGAAAAAAAAAUUGUAAUAUUAUAGUAAUAUAUUUCAUACAUUUUCCCUUUAUAUUUUUUCGAUUUUUCAAAUUUGAUGAGGAAACUGUUGAGAAAAUCAAAAAAUGACAUUCUUAAAUUACCUCUCCAUACCGAUUUUCUUUCAGAAAAAAUGCUAUACGUAGAAAUCCAAUCAAAUCUUCUUGUAGAAAAAUUGAGUCAGAUUUUUAUUUGAAAAAAAAAAUAUAUAAUAUCUUUGUAAAACUGUAAGCUUCUUUGCUCCACUCAGAAUCUAAAAGGUAUAAAUAUUUUAAGUCUUUUCUAAAUACUUAAUCCCCUGAAUAAAUUUUAUGAAACAACUUACUUAACCCACAAUAGGUCACAGUGUUCGAAAAAAAUCUAACAUAAAACUUAUUACUACCUUUAUAACUAUUAUCGAUUGAAUGAUAAUAAAUCACCCUUCCACUAAUACUUUAUCUACACAAUUAUGAAACUAAUAACACCGUUAUUAUUGAUAAGAUUACAUUUUUGGACAGUUGUAUUAAUAUUUUAAUGCAAUUACAUAAAUUAUUAUAUUAUUAGGAAAAAUUUAAUACGAGAGUGAUCCUAAGUUAAAAUUAAAACGAGUUAAUAUGAUUUCACCCCCAUAAACUUAAAGUACCACUAAUUAUCAAUUAUUAUAUGAUAUUAUUUUUUAAAUGUAUAUCUUUUGUAAAGUAGUAUUAAUACUACUUAAGUGGAUUCAAAACAGAUAUUUUUUUUUUUUUGUCUAAAACAUAACAACAUAGCAAUUUAGACAAAUGUUUUAUCCAUUCAAUUAAUAUAGUGAAUAUAAUUCUGGAAACCAAUUUUAAUCCAAAAUUUAAUAUACAUGAGAUUCUCGAGACCACCACUUUGCUUUAAUUUUAGUUUUUUUUUAAAUGUAUUUUUAUAAAAUUUUUGAAAAUAAAAUGCUGAUAAGUGGCCUAGUUGAUCUCAUGUACAUUUCAUGCAGGAUUCAAACCUAGUUUUAGAAUUUUUAUUGCUUCACUAAAACAACAUGAAUGAUAGAUUUUUCAAUCAGAAUUGAUCUAAAUUAUUCUAUGUUGUGUUUAUAUUAGACAAAGAAAGCAAUUAUUAGUUUUAAAUUCCCAUGAUUAAAUUAAUAUGUAAUAAAGUAAAUAAAAUAAUUUAUAUUAUGUAUACAAUAUUUAAUUAUAUUAUGUAAAUUAUUUUAGCAUAUACUUUUCCACCAUCGUUAACAUCUCAAGAACGUAAAUACUUACAUCACAGAUGUGCUGAAUUUGGAUUGAAAUCUAAAAGUCAUGGGUUAGUAAAACUUCAUUGUAAAAUAAUUGAUAACAUUUUAUAUGUUUACGUUUAAAAUUUUAAAUGCUACCUUAAUUUUGUUAAAUUAAUACAAAAUAACUUAAUGCAAAAAGUUUGAUUUUUUUAAUGUUAAUGCAAAUCAAACAAUAUUUAUUGAUUGUAGGUUAUAUAUUUAUUGAUUUUGUUAAUCAAUUUUAUAUAAAAUUAUUUAUAGUGAUCAGUAAAGGUAAUGUGUGAGGACUUUAAAUUUGUUGACUUCAAACUUUAUAUAUUGAAUCAAGACAUGAGAAAGUUAAAUGUGUUUUUGAAUUUUGUGACUGGUAGCGAUAGUGUUAACAUUGGCAACAUUAAUAGCUGUGUUAUUAGUAUAUGAAUCAGAAAGUAUGUCCCAAUGAAGGUAGCUUUUAGGUACAUUUAACUUUCUCAUGUCUUGAUUCAAUAUAUAAAGUUUGAAUUCAACAAAUUUAAAGUCCUCACACAUUACCUUUACUGAUCAUUAUAAACAACUUCAUGAUAUCUCACUACUCUAAAAUCACAUAUUUGGGUCUUCUUUUAGACAGAAAAUUCACCUGGGGUCCUCACCUUAAAGACAAAUGAAAGGAUAUAUUUCAUCUGCUGAGACCAUUAUUCAGAACUAAUAUUAAUAUUCCUAAUAAACUUCUCUUAUAUAUGAGUCACCUUAUCCUACAGUUUCAUAUUUUGAGACCCUGCUAAAAAAAAGACAAUACCCAAACAAUUUAAGCUUAGUAAUCUAUUUCCCUAGAAAAUAAAUAUACAUAUUUUAUAUUUUAUUCAAUGUUAUAUUUUUAUUUUUUAACAAAAAAAGAGUGUUUUUUCUAAUUUUUACCAUAACUUAAAAAGUUGAAAAAUGUAUGAUUGUCAAUUCUAAUUCUUUUCAAAAACAAUUUGAAAAAAAAAACAGCUUUGACUCAUGAGUUGUUUUUAUUUCAAUAUGUGCACCUAAACUAGAUUUACAUUAUUCAUAACUAUUUUAAAAACCCAUGAGAUAAACAUUUCUUGUUUCUAUUGAUUAGUAAGUUCUCAUAAUGCUUAAAUAACAACACAUUUAACAAGAAUUAGUUAUAUAUAUAUAUUUUUAUCAUAAAUAAAAUUUAGAUAAGGAUACUGGAUUUUAUUUUUAAAAAGUAAUCAUUUAUAUUUGUCAAUAUAAAUUAUUUAAAAAUUAAAUUGUAAUAUUUUUUCAGUACAAUAUCAAAAAAAAAAAAAAAAAAAAUGUGUGUACUAAUUAAAUUUGUAUGACAUUACAUAUGAAAGAUAUAUUAAGGGGAAUGUCAUAUGGAAAAUAUGCAUGCAACUAAUAUCUUUUACUUUUUUUUUUAACAAUAGGAUACCAGAUGAAACUCGAUCAAUAACUGUAUACAUGGAUAUAAAAAAAUUGAAUAGCAAUGCUUGUAGUCUAGAAAUAUCUUUAAGUUCAAAUGAGUUGAUGACAAACAUGUGUGAUAAUGUUCCUAUUACUAAACAAAUGUAUGAUGAAUUACUUCCUAAUCCUAUGAAACCAUAUCGACGAAUGGCAGGUAAAUUUAAAGUGUAGUUACUAUAGAUUUAAUAGUUACAUUAAAAAAAAUUUUAUUUUGCACCUAACUAUUAAAUCUUAAGUAUUUUUAAAUUUUAAAAUGUUUAAUUUGUUAUCAAUACAUGUGUUUUAUUUUAGAUAUAAUAUUUUAAUUAAACAUAAAAUAUUGUAAACUAAAAUUAGAUUGUAUAAUGAGUGGUUACUUGACAGAGAAAAGUUUUCUUCAUUUACUGACUAGGAUUUUUAUAAUAUGAGGGAUGAUGUAGUCAAAUAUAGUCAUUAUAUUCUUUAUUUUAAAUGUGUUUUUUUUAUAUGUAGUGGCUAAUUGUAAAAGAAAUCUUCCUCUUAUGUGUGAUAAACCAAUGCCUGUACCUCGGUUUGCCGUUGAUGAAGAUUUAUUGUCUAUGAGGAAGUCUUUACCAAUAUGGGCUAAAAAAGGACAAAUAACUCAUGCAAUUGAAAAUAAUCCUGUGGUGAUCAUUACAGCUGAAACUGGUUCUGGAAAAACAACUCAAGUAUGAACAAUUUUAUUUAUGUUAUUUCAAUAUUUUAUGUAAUAGAAUAAUAAGAUAAAUCAAUUUUAUAUUCUUUUUAGAUUCCACAAUUUAUAGUUGAUGAUAGUGCUGCAAAAAAUAGACCUUGCCGAGUUAUAUGUUGUCAACCACGGCGGAUAGCAGCUAUAUCAAUGGCUGAUAGAGUGUCUAAUGAGCGUGGGGAAAAUAUUGGAAUGAGUACUGGAUAUCAAGUCAGACUUGAAAGCUGGUAACAAAGCUAUUUAAAUUUGCUACAUUUGGUUUAUUUUUGGUAAUCAGUUAUUCAUGUUACAAAAAAUGUUUAUACUUUUUAUGUUACACGUUUUUACUGUUUUAAAUGAGUCUGACUAGAAUGCUGACUAGUAAAUUGUUCUGUUUUUUUAUUAAUGACAUUUAAAAUAGAUUUUGAGCUCAGAAUUAAAACAUGUAUUUGAAUAUUUGUUUAAAAUUUACUUUUUAAUUUUAAUUUUUGGCAAUAUACUGAUCAAAUUUUGAACAAAUAAAAUUACACCAAACAAAAUAAAAUAUCUAAAACAUCGGGGGUGAAGGUGAUGAGUGCUAUCUAUCUGCACCAUUUCAGUAAUAUGGAUUACUGUUUACUCUUUGUAUUAUAUUAUAAUACUGCAUUUGUUUAAAUUAAAAUUACAUAUUUAGUGUGAGUCAUGAUACCACUAUUAUAUACUGCACUACUGGGGUUUUGACGAGGACACUUAUGGAUCGGCAUCAAAAAGACAAUGAACCUAAUAAAGGAAUGUUAAUGAAUGUUUCUCAUGUAAUUGUAGACGAAGUCCAUGAACGUGACAAACACGUAGACUUUCUUCUUAUAGCUUUGCGUAUGAUUUUACCAAAAUAUAAGCAUUUGAAACUUAUUUUAAUGUCAGCUACAGCAGAUAUACAAUUAUUUUCUUCUUACUUUGAUAAUUGUCCUGUAUUGAAAGGUAAAAACAAAGUUAUUUAUUUAUUCAAAUUAAUAUUUAAACACUUUGUAUUAAUUUAUAGUGGAAGGAAAAAUUUUUCCUGUACAGAAUUUCUUUUUAGAGGACAUUUUGGAUGUGUAAGUAUUAUAUUUAAAUUUUGUUUUUAUUAUUAAAUAACAUUAUUUUAUAGUAUUAAAUAUGAAUCUCAAUCAAUGGCAAGAAUUAAAAAUAAAACGAAAAUUGGUUAUUGGGAUAAUGAUAUUGUAGAAAAAACAACUGUAGCUGUUCAAAAUAUGAACCUCACAGAACCGGUAUUCAUGAAUAAAAUUCUAAACUUAUUUUAUAAGCUAAAAUAAUUAUAGUAUUUUAUUUCACAUUAGAUUACUACAUUGAGACCCGAUCAAGAAUGGUUGAAAUCUGAAUUAGAUGACUGUAUGCACCAAAUUUGGUUCAAUGCUGAAAUAGAACAAAUUGAUAGAAUGAUUUAUUAUAUUAUGUCUGAAGACAUUCCAGUAGAUUAUCAAGUAAUAAUUAUUAUGCUAUACCAUUUUAUAGCUGAAAUGUAUUUUAUAAUCAUUAGAGGAAGUCUAAAUUUAAAAAAACUAGCCUAAAUAAGUUAUUAAAUUACAUUACGUAAUUUGAAUCAGAUCACUUGACUACAGUUUUAGAAUUCGUAAUUUUUAAUUUUCAUAAUAACUUCCAGUUAUAUUUUAAAUAGUAUUAUAAUUAUUUAUCAAAAUUAAUUCAGUUAAAAUAAUGUAAUUUUUUAUUUUUUGUAAUACAUAUGAAAUCUGUAUAUUGUUCACAUUAACCCUUCAAAUAUUGAUUUGUAUACAUGUAUACAUUUUAUAACUAAUAUUUUAUAUUUAUAUUUUUUUUUUAUCCAGCAUUCAGAAACUGGUGUAACUUUGUUAAUGCUUGUAGCAAUUCAUGGAUUAAAUGAUUAUGUCAUUACUUUAUUGAACAUGGGUGCUAAUCCAAAUAUACAAACCAAAGUAUUGAAUAUGAAUGCAGCUACAUGGGCAACAGAAUUUAAAAAAUUUGAAACUAGAGAUUUGAUAAUGAAUAGUAAAGGUGUGGUUGCAGCAAUCGAUAGUCAAAAAAUAGAAACUUCCAAUGAAAAUGAGAUUAUAGAAAGACUGGAAUUAUAUAAAAAAAGUCUAGCUCCUAACAUUAUAAUUGAUGCACAUUUAAUUACUCAUCUUAUUAAACAUAUAAUUUUAAAAAAAAAAUCGGGUAAUUAACCUUAGCCGAAAAUUUUAAAUUAUGAAUUAAAUAAUAUUUAUGAAUAUUCUUGUAUAGGUUCUAUUUUAGUUUUUUUACCUGGAUUUGAAGAUAUGUCCAUGGUUAAUAAAAUUAUUAUUGAAGAACUUAUUACUAAAGAAAAUUUAAAAAUAACAAUUUACAUGUUACAUUCCAUGAUGCAGGUAUUACAUAAUAUUUCAAUACAUUUUUUAAAAAUUUGUAAAUUAUAUUUAAUUUUUCUUAAUAUUAAGACAUCCGAUCAACGUAGAGUAUUUCAACCAGCUCCUAAAGGCCAUCAAAAAGUAAUAUUAGCUACCAACAUUGUAGAAACAAGUGUUACAAUCAAUGAUGUUGUUUAUGUUAUUGAUUCUGGAAGAGUUAAACAGGUGAAUUACAUUUGAUUUAAUACAAUAAUAAAACUAAAAAUUAAAAAAAAAAAAAGUAUUAAAUAUUUUUUGUGUUUUACAUUAAAUAUUAAUAAUAUUCUAUGACAUUGUUGUAGAAAGGAUACAAUGCUUUUAAUGGUAUAAGUUGUAUGAAUGUAAACUGGAUAUCUCAGAGUUGUGCAAAACAGAGAGCUGGGCGCGCUGGGAGACUGUGUGCCGGUGAAUGUUAUCGUAUUUAUACAAGAGAACACCAUAACCACAUGGCAAGUCAUGACGUACCUGAAAUUCUUAGAAUGCCUCUACAAGUAAUUACUUUAUACUUAAUCAGAUAUUAUGUUAAUUGUUAGUUCAUAAUAUUUUACUGAAGUUUAAAAAACAAAAUAGCUCCAUAAAAUUUUAAAUUAAGAUUAUCUAUACAGGGUGAUUUUUUUAUCAUGAACCAGCAAUUAUAUCUGAGGAUUUUAAGUGAAUUUGAUUUCUGUUUUUUCUGAUCUUUAUAGAACUGUUUAAGGUUUAUUUUAAAACCAUUUUUAAUUUUUGACCCCAACUCCAUUACCUUAAAUAAGUGCAUACCAUUGAUUUUCAAAUAUGAACCUCCUCUUGUGAACAUAGAUUUGAAUUAAGAAUAUUUUUCUAGAAAUGUUGAUAUGCAUAAUACUAAUAUCAGACUUACCAUUUAUGAGUUUUAACAGUUUAAAGUUUAGACCAGAGGAGUAGAAAAGGGUCAUAGAUAAGCAAUUUAUUACUCUUCCCUACUCCUCCAGUCUAAACUUUAAACUGUUAAAACUCAUAAAUGGUAAGUCUGAUAUUAGUAUUAUGCAUAUCAAAACUUCUAGAAAAAUAUUCUUUAUUCAAAUUAGUAUUCAAAAGGGGGAGGGCUUCCUAUGAAACUAUAUUUUUCAAUGACCGUCAAUAAGGCCAACAAGGUCAAACAUUAAAUGUUGCUGGUUUAGAGUUUAGACCUAACCGUCCAAUAUUUUUCUCAUGGUCAAUUGUACGUUGCUCUGUCAUGUGUCACAUGCGAAAAAAAAUUUACUGGCUCCAGAUACAUUUUACGUGGUUUAUCCAGAAAUAUUUAAUAGUUAAGGCAAAUAGUUAUUUAAAAUUUAAAAAUAUGUAUUAUAACUCAAUAUAUUUAGUCGACCUAAGGUGGACUACCCAAUUUCUACCGAUUUAUUUUUAUUCAUAACUAUUACAGUCAAAACCAAUAAAGAAUAUGGGUAAAAAAAAAAUUAUAAAAAUCGGCACGGGCAAGACCGGGCAGGACUAAAAGUAAAGAGAGGGGAGGACUAUUAAACAUCUUUUAUAAUUUAUACCUUUUUAUACAUUUAUAGUGAUUUUUUUCAAUGUUUUAUCACUUUUGAGGUUUCAAGUACUUUUUUGUGGAUUUUAAGAAUAUAUAAAUCCAGUCUUCAAUUAUGACAAUCGAGUUAUUACUUUUGUAUUAAUAUAAAUUGUCAGCAAAUACAUACAUAAAGGUAUAAAAGGAUUGCCGUGCUAUCUGUAAGUGAUGACCAUAAUACAGUACACACGCUUUCCAAUGUUGAGCGUCCCUACUCCCCGAUAGGUUAAGGUAAGCUUCAUUUCCUUUGAAAUCUCCUCCCCUCAAAAUUCAGUGUUGAAAAAAUUUCACAACAGAACACUUUUACCUUUGGUAUACUACCCACUUUUCACCUAUUUGUUUUCAUUCAAUAUCAACACUGUCAAUACCGAAAAGUAAUAUGGGUAAACAAAUAAUAAAAAAGGGACAGCUAGUAAUAUCAUAAAUAUUUAAUAAGAAAAAUAAAUUUUUUAACAAAUUUAAUCUAUAACUUAAGUUUAUUAAGUGCACUAAACGUAAACAAUUUUAUUUUAUUUCUUUGUCAAAUCUAUCUAUGUAAAUUAUUCCACAAUGUGUAAUCAGUAGGUUGAUGUCUAUGUGAAGCCAAAACUUAGUAGUUACAAAAUAAAUUGCGAAUACUUCUAAGUCAUAGUUUAUAUUUUUAAAUAAUUUAUUAUUCUUUACAUAUUUUAAUUUAUAAAUCAUAUACCUUGUAAUAUAAAAUAUUGUUAUGUAAAUAUGAUUUAUUUUAUUGUAAUUAAAAAAUUAUUUUAUAGGAACUUUGCAUGUUAGCCAAAGUUAUUUCAAAUAAUAUGAGAGUAUUAGACUUUUUAGCAUUAGCUAUUCAACCACCACCAACUUUAUCAGUUACAUCUGCUCUUGAAUAUUUAAAGAUAAUAGAAGCUAUGGAUGUUAAUGAAGACUUGACAGAUCUUGGAUUUUUUAUGUUAGAUUUAUCUAUUGAACCUCAUUACGCUAAAUCACUGGUAUUUGCUAUAUUCUUGAAAUGUUUGGAUCCUGUUUUAACUAUAAUUAGCUGUUUAGCUAACAGGUAAGGAUUUUAAUAGUUUUUUUACAUUGGUAAUAUUAAUACAACUAUUAAUAUACAGGGAACCAUUUAAUUUAACACUUAAUGUGAAUAUGAAAUCAUCAUUAGGAUCUAUUCGUAAGAGACUUGCUGGUGAUUCAUUAAGUGAUCAUAUAGUUCUACUGCGUUUGUAUCAAGUAAGAAAUUUAAAAAAAUGGAUAUUUUUAAUUAAAUUAUUAUACUAGUAAAAUAGGUGAGGUUGAGAGUUUUAAGUGUAGCAGAGUACUUUGGUUAAAUAAUAAGAUAAGAUAGGAUAAGGGAUGAGUAAUUAAAAGGUUGCUUAGGUGUGGCUUUGAUAGUAGAUACAUUGAAAGGAAUAUUUGAGAUGGUUUGGACAUGUCAUGGGGAGAAAGGAAUCUAAAACAGUAAGCAUUACAAUUAGAAUAAAUGUAGAAGGAAAUAGAGGAAAUGAAGACUGAAAAAGAUACUAGUAGUUUGAUGCAAUUGAGAAUGAUAUGAAGUCAGCUAGUGUAUGUGAUGUGGGAGUUUAGAAUGAUAGUGGCCGAUCCUAAAUAGUUGGAAUGAAAACAAAGAAGAAAUAUUAAAAUAACUAAAUUCAUAUAAAGGACUAUAAUAAUCAGCUAGUUAAAAUAAACAGCGUGGUUAAAAUUAACAAUUGUUUAGUUUUUGGUAAUGCCAUAAAUAAAUAAAUCUAAAAUUAUUAAGUUGAAGAAAGUGGAAAAGAGUUUGGUUUGCCUUUUCCUACAUUUAUCUAUUAAUAUUGAAAUAUAAUUAAUCAAUGAGUGUUAUUCACUUCAGAAAUACUUUUUAUUUAUUAUUAAAUAUUUUCUUCUUAGUCAUAAAUGUAUGUAACAUAUAAUACUACAUCAUUUAUAUUACUGAUCACAGGGAAAACAAAAUAUUUUCUUAAUUGUAUUCUUUUAGCUAUAAUAUAUCUUGAUUUUUAAUUACAAUAUUUAUUUUAGGUUUUUAAUGAAGGAAAUAUGAAUGAUAGUGAUUUAUUCAAUCUUGUUUCUCAAUCAAUCAUGGGAUUAAUUACACAAACAAGAACUCAAUUAUUAGGUCAGUUAAGAGCAUUAGAGUUAAUUCAAACACGCAUGGGGCCUAAUGAUAUAAGAGAUGUAAAUAUCAAUUCAAAUAAUUGGGCUGCUGUUAAAGCUUGUUUAUUAGCAGGAUUGUACCCGAAUUUAGCAAAAUUAGAUAAAUCUAAUUCUAGACCAAUACUAAAAACUAAGUAAACAGAUAAUUUUAAAUACAAAUCACUAGAUAUUACUUAAUAUAUCAAUAUAUUUAAAUUUAUUGUUUUAUUGAUCAAUUUAUUAGGACAGAAAAAAGUGUUAUUUAUCAUGGAUCCAGUGUUUUGCGUGAGAACUAUGUUAAAGAUUUGCCAUCUGAAUGGAUAAUAUUUGAAGAAAUGAGUUCUUUCAAUACUAAAAAAUUUAUAAAAACCUGCACAGUAAUAUCGCCUAUGACUGUGGCACUUUUUUCUAAUGCCAUGAGAAUACCUCAAGAUUCAGUUGGUAAAACAGCAGGUAAAAAAUUAAAACCUAUUUUUGUGGUAAGAAAAUGUUUUUAAAAAAGCCUCUUAUCACAGAUUAUGGUGACUAUAACAUAUAUAACAGUGACAAUGAAAAUGAUACAUUAGCUGAAAAACAUAUGGCGUUUUUAAACUUGGAUAGUUGGACUAGUUUUGUUGGAAGUUCAGAUGAUAUUUCAAAAAUCUUUAACAUGCGUUUGUGUCUUACUCUAGCUUAUCGAGAAUUUCUUAAAAAUAAAAUGAUCUCACCACACAGUGUAAUUAUAUGGUUUUAACGCUUCAUCAAUUUUUCAUCAUUUUUAUUAAUAUUAGAUGUAUCUAUGUAUUUAUUCUAUUAUAUUUAUGUUUUUUGAAGUCCUAUUGCAGUGUUGUUCAAUCAGUAGUUAAAAUAUUGGCUGCAGAAGAUCAUGCUGUAGGAUUGGAGGCUCCAGAUAAUGUUGGUAAACGUCCAAAAGAAAAUAGUAAUAAAGGUUAGUUAUUAAAAUAUAUUAAAUUUUAUCAAAGAAGAUGCUAUUACUCAUUAUAUUUAAUUCCUUUAAAAGGUCGCCAUACCAAAAAUAAUGAUAAUCCAUCAUUUUCUAACUUCCGUAAAAAUUCAUAUGGUCAACACCCUCAAAAUAAACGUAAGCUAUUAUUAUUUUUAUUUCAUUUAUAAUUUUAUUAAAAUGGAUCUUUACUAUCAACAGUUUAUUUAGACAGCAGUUCAAAUUUAAGAAUGAAUAGAAACUGUUAUAAUUCAUCCAGUAAGUAGAUUUAAAAGAAACCUCGUACUUUUUUUUUUAUUGGAUUAUUGAAAUGUUCAAUAUUAAUAAUAUAUGCAAUGUUAGUUGCUUGCAUCGAUGGGAAUUAUUUAUUAACACAAGUGUUAAUAAUGGUAUUAUAACUACAAAUUAAUUGAAUACUUAAAUUUAUUUUUGUUUUUAGAUACUAGAGGAACUAGUAAUAGACAUUAUCAAAAAGAUUAUUCAACUCCUAGUACAUCUCAGCUUAACAAUAAUUACAAAUGGCAGUAACAACUUUAAAAUAGGUUUAAUUAAAAGCAGUAUUAUAAUAAGUAUUUGACUGUGUUGUUUAAUAAUACAAACCACUUUUUUAACUUUUUGUUUUAUAAUUCUUGUUAUUUUAUUAAAAGAUAAAAAAUUUUGUUAUUUAGUUUCUUAAUUGACUAAGUAUAAAAUUUAAAGAUUUUUUUGUUAAGAAUAUUUUAAGUAAAUGCCAUAGACAUAUUAAUUUAUAAAAUAUGUUCCAUACAAAUUAAUUGAUAAUUUUAUGCUAGAAGUGCAUGUAUUAAAAACACUACUGCUCACUAAUAUAAAUAAAAUUAAUUAACUGUAAUUCAAUAGUAAAAUUUUUUUUUUUUAAUUUUUCAGUUUUUAGUAUAAUAUAUUGUAUAAGAAUGUUAUAAUAUGUUAAAGUUUGACAAAAAUGUUUAUUUAUUUAUCUACAAUACAUAUUGCAAAAUCAUUAAAUGGCUU